AUGAAGGUUAAUGAUAUCAACAAAACAUUCUUAAAGGAGAGUGAUGAAGAGGAGAAAGAAGAUGAACCAAAAGAGUCUAAAUUGAAAUAUGUGAUAAUGAUUCUUGGGUGUCUCUUAAUGUUUGGAAAUAACUAUUCAUUUGAUAAUCCCUAAGCACUUCAAAAAUAGUUAACUAAAGAUCUAGACAUAUCCAUCUCAAACUAUAACCUGUUAUAUUCUGCAUUCUCAUUUCCAAAUAUUUUUUUAACUUUGAUAGGAGGAAUAAUCAUAGAUUUUUUGGGUGUUAGAUUUGGAAUUAUUCUCUUUAGUGCCAUAGUAGUUGUGGCUUAGACUAUUGUAGCAUUGGGUGGCGCAUUUAAAAUAUUCUGGAUCAUGUUAGUAGGAAGAAUAAUAUUUGGAUGUGCAUCAGAAAAUUUAAUUAUAGCAUAAGCAGCCAUCAUUGGUAAGUGGUUUAGAGGAAAAGAGUUGUCGACCGCCAUUGGUUACAUCAUGACCAUACCUGAAUUAGCUAGUGCUGCAAACUCAUUCCUUACUCCAAUACUCUAUGAAUCAUAUGAGGGAUUGACCUAUCCACUAUUUUUUAGUGUGAUUUUGUGUGUCUUUUCAUUCAUAUGUGCAGUAGUCUUAUGUAUAUUGGAUAAAAAGAAUGAACUUAAUAAACUGAAGGGCUAAUUUAUAAUAGAAGAAUAAGAAGAGGAAGAAGGUGAAGAAUAGAAAGAUGAUAUUGAAAGAGUAUCCUUUAAAGAUAUCAAAAAUUUAAAUGGAACAUUCUGGAUCUUAGUUUUAAUUUGUACCUUGACAUUGGGAUCCUAUAUUCCAUUUCUUGAUGAUGCCAAUGAUUUUUUAUAAGAAAAAUUUUAAUUCACAAAUGUGUAAGCAGGAAAGGUCUUGACGACACCAUAUUUAAUGGCAGCUAUCACCAGUCCCUUUUUUGGGCCAUAUAUAGACAAAGUAGGGAAAAGAAGAAAAUUCAUUUUAAUAACCUGUGUUCUUUUCACUCUAACCCAUUUUGCAUUUGGAAUCAUGCCUAAUGGAGAGCAUGGAUCACCUAAUUGGUUCUCAAUUAUACCUUUGAUGUUCUUGGGAUCCAGUUUCGCCUUAUAUUCCUGUGUUUUGAUACCAUCCAUAUAGUACAUAGUUGCAGAAAAGGUAGUAGGAACAGCGUUUGGUUUAUUAGGAAUGUUCGAGAGUGUUGCCUUGGCUUUCUUCCCUAUAUUAGCAGGUUAUAUUGUUGAGUUAUCUGAUAAUCCUGAAAUUGGAUAUUCCAACGUUGGAUUCUUUUUUUCAGGAAUCUCAUUUUUUGGAAUUAUAUUUACACUCUCCUUAUAUUUUUUUGAUAAGAAGGGUUCGAUGGUCUUAGAUUUUGUGAAUCCAGAGGAUCCCUCUGAAUUGGAAAAGAAAAUGCUUAGAACUACUAGAUCUGAAUCUAGUAGUGAUGAGGAAGAUGAUGAAUCAAGUGAGGAAGAUUCAGAUGAUGAUUAGUCAAAGGCGAAAAGGGUUUGUAAGAGUUUUGCUAGUUUGAAAAGUAAGAAACUAUUAACAUCCCCUCAACUUAGAAGUAGAAGCUUAUACAAUUGACAUGAUUGUUUUAGUUUAUUCAUAGAGGAGAUUUUUAUCC